AUGGUGAGCAGUGGCUUCCAGUGCAGUUUCAAGACAGAAUCAGGAGGAAGGCAGGAGGGGGAGGUGAAGAGGCCCAGGCGCUUCUGGCUCCAGAUGAGAUCGGAGGCCUUGCAGAGCACGUGGGAGCUGCUUGAAGGGCUCGGCUUCUCUUCUGUCCUGCUGUGGAGGAGCAGGUCUCAUCAGGUGCGGGGCAAGAAGCCGCCUGGUGCCAACAGCCGUGGGCCUUCCUGUUGCCCCCCAGAGGCUCUUCCCACAGCCACUGGCCGUGUCCACCCCACCCUCGUCCAGCCCUGCUCACUCUCUGGUGGGUGCUGUUACGUCUCGGAAGAGGAAACGGAGGUUCAGAGAAGUUCAACAAAGCGCCUGAGGCUGGCUGAAAGUCAGGCUUGGGGAUGGGAGUAUGAGCGUCCCUGGGGUCGAGAACUCCGUUUGGAAGUCAUGCCCAGGGGCCCCGCCGUGGGGCUGGGGCACAUCCACGGGGCCGAGAUCACAGUGAGUCGUCCCCUAUCUGUCCCGAGGGGCGCGCCCGCGGCCGCCGUCCAGUCCAGGGUCCUGCGCGGGGAUGCCAAGGGGAGGGCGGCACCGGAAGGGGCCAGCGGUCUCCCGGCUCCCUGGUGGGGCGGAGUGGGAGCUGUCCCCGCCCCGGCGGAGCCCGAGCUAAAGCCGCGCCCGCACUUCCCCGGGCGCGAGGCGGAGCCGGCGGGGAGCGCGGGUCCGGCUCCCGACCGCGGGGAUGUGAUGCGCCGGCUCCCAGGGCGCCUCCGCCCGCCCGGCCUCCCCGCACGCGACCGCCGGGCGCCAGAGCGGGAGCAGUCGUGUCACUCGGGAGCACACUGUGGUCACCCCCAGGCCGACACGUCCAAGUUCUCCUUCCAGGAGAAUAUGAAAGUAUUACUCAGGCUUCUUUGUGUCAUCACUUUACUGAUUCCUUCUCUGGAGGCCGAUAAAUGUGAGGAACAUGAAGAGAAAAUUACAUUAGUUUCACCCGCACAUGAAAUUGAUGCUCGUUCGUGUCCUCUUAUCACAAGUGUGCACAAAGAGCCUAUAACUUGGUAUAAAAAUGACAGCACGACACCUGUAUCUACAGAAAGAGAAUCUAGGAUUCAUCAGCACAAAGACAAGCUCUGGUUUGUUCCUGCUGAAGUGGAGGAUUCAGGAGCUUACUACUGCUCAGUGAGAAAUUCAACUUACUGCCUCAAAAUUAAAAUAGUGGCAGAGUUUGUGAAGCAAGAACCUAACUUGUGUUACAAUGAAAGAACUGUGUUUACCCAGAGGCUACUGACUGCGGGAGAUGGGCAACUUGUAUGUCCUUAUUUGGACUUUUUAAAAGAUGAAAACAACGAGUUACCCCAAGUACAGUGGUAUAAGGAUUGCAAGCCUCUACUUCUUGACAACGUAAACUUUGCUGGAGUAACAAACAAACUGAUCAUCACAAAUGUGAACACAGCACAUGGUGGGCACUAUAUGUGUCAUGCAUCGUACACACACUUGGGAAAGCAGUAUCGUGUCACCCGGGCAAUAAAGCUGAUUACUCUGGAGAAAUCCAGGAACACAAAACCUGAGAUUGUGAGUCCAGCUAAUGAGACGAUGGAAGUGGUCUUGGGAUCCUGGCUUCAAUUGAUCUGCAAUGUUACUGGCCGGAUAAGUAACUACGUCUACUGGAAGUGGAAUGGGUCAAUGAUUAGUACAUAUACUCCUGUGCUAGAGGAAGACUUUAUAAUAGUGGAGAAUCCUUUAAACAGAAGAAGGAGUACAGUCCUCGCACGGCUUAAUAUUUCGGCAGUGGAAAGUAAAUUCUUCCUGCAUCCAUUUACCUGUUUAGCCAAGAAUACAGAAGGAAUAAGCACAGCAUAUAUACAAUUAAUACAUCCAGUCCCUGAUUUCCAGAAGCCCACAGUUGGUAUAUUCGUCAUGUUAACGUUGGUAAUUACAUGCUCUCUCUGCAUCUACAAAGUCUUCAAGGUUGACAUCGUGCUUUGGUACAGAGAUUCCUUCUAUGAUUUCCUCCCCAAAAAAGUUUCAGAUGGAAAGACGUAUGAUGCAUACAUACUAUGUCCAAAGACCCCUGGGGAAGGGCCCACCUGUAACUCAGAUAUUUUUGUGUUUAAAGUCAUGCCUGAGGUCUUGGAAAAACAGUGUGGCUAUAAGCUGUUCAUCUGUGGCCGGGACGACUACGUUGGGGAAAGCAUUGUUGAGGUUGUUAAUGAAAAUGUAAAGAAAAGCAGAAGACUGAUUAUCAUUUUGGUCCCAGAAACAUCAGGAUUCAGCUGGCUGGGGAAUUCAUCUGAAGAGCAGGUGGCCAUGUACAAUGCUCUCAUUCAGGAAGGAAUUAAAGUUGUCCUACUGGAGUUGGAGAAAAUCCCAGACUAUGAGAAAAUGCCAGAAUCCAUUAAAUUCAUUAAGCAGAAACAGGGGGUCAUACGCUGGUCGGGGGACUUUAGAGAGGGGUCGCAGUCCAUGAACUCGAGAUUCUGGAAGAAGGUCAGGUACCACAUGCCAGUCCGGCGGCAGCGGCCUUUAUCCAAGCACCAGCUGCUGUCCCCGGCCACUCUGCUGGACUCUAAGGAGAAACGACCCAUGGAGGUCCACGUGCCUCUCGGGUAG